AGGUCUGGUACAUGAGUACAUCCAGUAUAAAACUACAAAUUGCAAAAGUCUCCAGGACCCAAGUGAAUCAUUUCUCUCAUUACAGAAAAUAGGAACAAUGAAGAAAAAAAAUAAAGCAAUAGCUUUAUCUUAUCCUCAACAUCAUCAUCAACAAAACCACAAUCUACUUUUCUUCUUCUUCUUCUGUAUCUUGGUUUGUUACUUGCCCCGCUCAAACGGCAGAUUAGAAGAAACAGAUGCAGUCCCAGUUGGGCAUGGAUACAAAAUUCGAUCCGUGUUUAUUGAUCCCUCCGGCAAAUCGUUGACCGCAUAUCUUGGCCUUAUUAACAGCUCCUCCAUUUUUGGGCCUGACAUUCAGAAUCUCAACUUCAUUGCCAGCUUUGAAACCAAGGAUCGGCUGAGAAUUCAAAUAACAGACUCCGACCACCGUAGAUGGGAGAUCCCACAAGACAUCAUCCCGCGCCAAACCCACUCCCCACUGCACCACUCUCUCCCCGAAACUCCGUCAUCUCCACCCCAUUCCCAUUCCACUACCUCCUACUUCGGAGAUUGUAGGAAACUAGCAUUUAAAAACUAACUAUUCAGUUAGUUG